AUGGCUUCAGAGGGAUCUGGUGGUUUGGCUCAAUCUGCCGCUGUUAAGUUAUCAGAGAUGGGCGAAAGAACUAAACAGUUAGGUACAGCAAUUCAAGAUCCAAAUCGACAAAGAAGGAUAAUUCUUGUCAUUGUAUGUGUGGCACUUUUGUUAGAUAACAUGCUUUACAUGGUAAUAGUGCCGAUUGUACCAGAUUAUCUUGCGCGUCUAGAAAAAGAGUCAGAGAAGGCUCAAGCAGAGAUGCAUACGAAUACCUCAAACAGCACGCUAGAUCAAACACAAAAAGAUAACCUCGAUGUGCAGAUAGGAGUUUUAUUUGCAUCAAAAGCCAUCUUGCAGCUUUUAGUCAAUCCUUUGACAGGGACAUUUAUAGACCGUGUUGGGUACGACAUUCCUCUCUUGAUUGGGCUUUCGAUCAUGUUUCUUUCAACCUGUAUGUUUGCUUUUGCUGAAAAUUACGCAACUUUGUUCGUGGCGCGCAGUUUACAAGGUCUCGGAUCUGCGUUUGCAGACACGUCUGGGAUAGCCAUGAUCGCUGAUAAAUACACGGAGGAGGGAGAAAGAAGUCGAGCCCUUGGCAUUGCCCUAGCGUUUAUCUCUUUUGGAAGCCUGGUCGCACCCCCCUUUGGAGGGGUACUUUAUGAGUUUGCCGGGAAACGGGUGCCGUUCAUCGUGCUUGCCUGCAUAUGUUUCGCGGACGGUAUGCUGUGUCUGACGGUUCUCAAGCCGUUCUCCAGCAGGACUCGAGAGAACAUGCCAGUGGGCACCCCAAUAUACAGACUUAUGAUUGAUCCCUACAUAGCAGUGGUAGCUGGUGCUUUGACGACGUGCAACAUCCCGCUGGCUUUCCUGGAGCCUACCAUUGCCAACUGGAUGGAGGAGACCAUGGACGCUUCUGAAUGGCAGAUCGGACUGACUUGGUUGCCACCGUUUUUCCCUCACAUCUUAGGUGUCUAUGUAACUGUCAAACUGGCUGCCCAAUAUCCUCACCUGCAGUGGUUCUACGGAGCCCUCGGUAUGGUUAUAAUCGGUGCCAGCUCCUGCACAGUUCCGGCAUGUAAAAACUUUGGGGAGCUGAUAGUUCCCUUAUGUGGCAUCUGCUUUGGCAUCGCCUUGGUGGACACGGCGUUGUUACCCACACUUGCGUUUCUGGUUGAUGUACGUCACGUAUCCGUGUAUGGCAGUGUGUACGCCAUCGCGGAUAUUUCAUAUUGUGUCGCCUAUGCCUUGGGCCCCGUGGUGGCCGGAAAAAUUGUCCACGACCUCGGCUUUGUGCAACUCAAUUUGGGUAUGGGCCUGGCUAAUGUGCUUUACGCGCCGGCGCUGCUGCUGCUGCGCAACGUGUGCUUAAUGAAACCUUCCCAUUCAGAGAGAAACAUGCUGCUGGAAGAGGGGGCCACUGGACUUUACGAUACCAUUAAAAUGGAGGAACGUCAAAGCAAGAAGAAGGGCUACAGUUCAUCAGCUGGCAACUGUGUGCCCGUUGAUGAGAACGGCACGUUUGGUGGAAAUACAAGGCCAUACUCUGAGGACGAGACGUCUGAACCAGAAUACAUAUAA